AUGGUGAAAAAGCUGAAGCCGAAACUGCAGGUGCGGGACAACAUCGUCGACUUCCUUCGGCGCACAGCCCGCUUCUUGAAAAAUUACGAUCCAGCCGUACAUGCACUCCAGUUAGAAUCACGGGUCGAGAAGCUGGACGAAAAAUGGGAGGAGUUCGAGGAAGUGCAGGACGAGCAAAAGAAGACCCGGGCCGAGUUCGAGGAGUUGUACUUCCAGGUAAGGGCAGGGUUGAAAUCCAAAAUAUCACUCAAUAUUCCUACCUCCUCCUCCUCUACCUCCACUCAUCCUACUGCGGGGGCUUGUGCCGGCAUACAGUUGCCAAAGAUAAAUUUGCCUGAAUUCAAUGGGGAAUUCGAUAAAUGGUUGCCAUUUUAUGAUACGUUCAAAUCGCUGAUCCAUAGUAAUCCGGAUCUGAGCGCAAUUCAACGUUUCCACUAUUUGCGAGCGUCUCUAAAGGGUGAGGCGCUAAAAGUAAUUGACUCAUUUCCGAUGAGCGAAGCAAGCUAUGGGGUUGCCUGGUCCGCUUUGACCAAACGUUAUUCGAACGUUUAUCUGCAGAAGAAACGCCAUGUCAAUGCACUUCUGCAAUUUCCCAAACUGAAAAGGAUGUCGGCAAAUGGGAUACAUGACAUCAUCGAUUGUUUUGAUAGGCACACGAAGAUUCUGGAUCAAUUAGGAGAAGUUACUACAGGUUGGGGGGCGAUGUUGACACAGCUGUUAGUUUCGAAGUUGGAUGAUUCAACGCAAAAGGAUUGGGAAGAGUUCGCGCUGAAGAAGCAAGAUCCCGUGUUCUUGCACGUGAUGGAGUUCCUCGAGGACAAACCUGAGUUCUGA